UAUGCGAUUAAUGUGGGCAGAUCCUCAUGUAAGUAAAGAGUGGAUUGACGCUGGGGAAGAACAGGGACAGAAAGUUCACCUAUCACGGGAUCCUGAUGGCGAGGCAUAUCUGACACAAACUGAAAUUAUGAGUGUGGCACUAAAAGCAAAGCAGGCUAUCAGUAGUGGCCUAGUGAAUUUGUUGCUGAAGCUUAACCAAGAUAAAUGCUAUCGAUGCUAUGAGAUAAGUGGUCAAACAUGGUGGUUUCUUGCUAUUUUCAAGGAAGUGGUUAAAUGACUGUUUAGAAGUUUAUUACUGCAGUGCUGAAGUUUGCCGAGCUAUGGAAAAUAAUCUCAGAGCGGGGGUCUAUUGGUUUUAUUAAUUACUGUAUUAUGUUUGUUGUUUGUAUAAUGCUGGGUUAGAACUAUUCUUACAUACACUCGUUGAUUCUUUCAGGUAGUUGCUGCAAUUACUGUUCAGAGGCAUUUCAAAUCACAGCUAGACCCGUAUAUGAUAGGUGCCCUUGCAGAAAUUGCGAGUGGAAAGAGGCUCUUUGUGGAUAACUAUCAUCGCAAGACUAAGGAGACUAAGAUGGGCAUAAUGCAGGUGACACCAGAAGUUGCUCAGUGGCUUGGCAGGGAACUGGGUUACAAGAAUUAUGACAUUGAACUUGAAGAUAAUAUUGAUUUGCUAUACUGGCCUUUUAUAAAUGUCUACUUUGGUGCUGCUUAUGCAAAGUGGCUCUUCUCAUGUGAUGAAAAAGAAAGAACUGAAGAAUUUGUCGUUAGAGCUUACAAGGGAGGCAAAAAGAAAGCUACUCACAAGUCAUCUGCCCCCAUUUUCGAACGUUAUCUUUAUGUGAAAGAGACCUUGCUCUCUAUGAGACAACCAGACAGUUUCAAUGAGCUGGCUCCUGAUCUCCUAGAAAAUUCCUCAACUGCAGGAACACAGCUGGUAUAUUGGGAUUCCAAAGUGUCAGAGGAAGACAUUGGUGGAAUGUGGAGUCAGCCUGACGUGUUGAAGGAGUGGACAAAUUCUGGCGAGCAGCGUGGAAAUGUCAGAUUUUCGCAUGAUGCCAAGAAGAGACCGUAUCUUUCUCGAGUUGAGGUCAAGGCUGUUGCUGAAAUAAUCAUAUCUCGCCAUUUCAGCUCAAGAGGAGUAAAGCCGGAAGCCCUAGCUGCUCUCGCAGAGGUGUGCAGUAUGCGCUUUGUCCAUGGAGUACGUUCUCGGACAGGAUUGAUGGGAAUAGAUUACCCUACUGCCGCAUGGCUUUCCAGAGAUUGUGGCUAUACAGCAUACGCAGUGAGCUCGGUGGAUGAUCUCUACAAUCCAUUUGCAUCAAUGUACUUUGGAGCAGCUUACUUGGGAUGGUUGUCACGAUAUGAAGGAAGGGAGAGGAGCCAUGAAUUCAUUGUUCAAGCUUAUCUUGGGGGACCAGACAAAGUUAACCUUCAGGAAACUGGACCGUAUUGGAAGAAAUUUCUGGAGGCUUUGAUACACUAUGAAGAUCCGAAGAAGGACCAGACGAGCUGCUGUAUUUUGUAAAAUCGUGAUGUCUUCAUACGAUUUUGUUUACUGAAGACCGCAGGCUGUAACUAGCAAAGCUUCGUUUUCACCAUCUUGUAACUGAAGAUAACUCGGAUUUAAAUAAUCCGUGUAGCAGUAAACGCUUCAUUUGUAAUUUUUGCUGGCCUUUUGGUUGGUCUGGUUUUUUCAAACGAACUUUUGUAGUUCUCUGUAGCAUGUACAUUAUAUUUGGAAAGAAGGCACUGAUUAGUAAGGUUUCUGCUCGAGCAUCA